UUUGUUUUUGUUGCUGCACUAGUGCUCUGUUCAAAAAAGAAAGUGAAUAUCGCUAAUCCAACAAUCGGGACAAUUGCACUUUGCCUUAUUUACUUUAAAUUUUAAUUCGAUUAUAUGCGUCGACGAUGGACAUCCACGCCUGGUUACCGGUGAUAUUUUGCAGUCUUUCCAUACCACUAUCGCUAUUUAUGUGGCUAGGCAAUUUGGCCUUCUCGAAAUUUUGGUACACCAAUGAAUUCGAAGAACCCACAGUGAUUCCACCGACACGUUGGCUGUUUUCAACUCUAGCGCCGCUGGCGCUUAUGAUGAUUGCACUGCGCAGGAAAUCGGUUAACAAAUCGGGCGCAGCAUUAGGGAUUAUUUUUGCAUUUCUCUUAUCUAUAGCCAAUCAUGCAUUCUUCGCUAGUUUGGCGGCUUUCUUUUUCAGUUCGUCGCGUGCCACCAAAUUUCGUGCACAUUUAAAACGAAAAUUUGAAAAGGACUUCAAAGAAGGAGAAGGUCAGCGCAAUUGGGUGCAGGUGUUGUGCAAUGGUGGCAUGGCAACCCAGUUGGCCAUAUUAUAUCUCAUAGACUGCGGCAGUUGUGAGCGUCCGAUAGACUUUGGCAAAGAGUAUCGUUCCAGUUGGUUAGGCGUAGCCAUUAUGAGUGCCUUUGCAUGCUGCAAUGGCGAUACAUGGGCAAGUGAACUUGGCAGUGUGCUAACAAAAAGUGAGCCUUUUCUCAUCACCACACGACAGCGCGUACCGCGUGGCACAAAUGGUGGUGUGUCGCUGCAAGGCCUUAUCGCCAGUCUUAUGGGUGGUCUACUAGUUGGUUUCGUCUACUACUUAACUGUACGUUACACUGUGGAUUCACAUGUUUUACUCACAAGUCCGCCACAAUGGCCCGUAAUCGUAUUCGGCGGCAUUGGCGGACUAUUUGGUUCAUUAGUGGACUCAAUACUUGGUGCAACGAUGCAGUAUUCGGGUAUUGAUAAGGAAGGCAAGAUCGUCGAAUGCCCGGGGUUGGGGGUACGCCAUAUUUGCGGCUUACGUAUGUUGGACAAUCACAGUGUAAACUUAAUUUCUAGCAUUGUGACAGGUGUCACCAUGCCGUUAAUUGCUCUGAAGUUUUGGCCUGUAAGUUGAGGCGAUUUAAGAAACUAAAAACCCGUGAAUGUAUGAAUAUAGAAACUCAUGAACUUUAUGAACGACGUUGAUAUUCCGCAAAAAUCGAAUGAAAUUUAAUUAAGAGUAUAAAUGUAGCUAAUAUUUUGCUAGGUUUUUUUUAGCAUUUUUUCUAUGUACUUUAGUGCUUUUUAGGUGUACAUACACACAUACAUAUAAAGGUGUCGAGUGUCAACGAAGAAUGAAUUAAAAUUACCGUUUUAGUUUAAUUUGUAUUAAAUUCAAUUUGUAUGAAAAAUUGAAUCACUGAACUGAUCUAUUGUGCUUUUCUCUAUAUUUAAAGUAGAGAUAUUCUGAAUUCUUAACUGCGUCACAAAGAAUAACUAAAUGGAACUGGUUUAUAUAUUAAUAGAAUUAAUUAAUUAAUAUUAUGGCAGCUUUUUAUAAAGUAAGACGCAUGUAAAUGUAACUAAUAAACAUUUGUAUGUGGCUAAUGA